AAGACCUCGGUAGGUACCAAGCGUAUUUUCACCACCUUACGGCGGCAGAAGACCUAAGCAGUAACGAGCAAAGCCAGGAAUAAAACUAUCCAGGCUUGAAUCCAGUCCCCAUCUGUAAUUGCAAAACCAGUUUUCUCCAGCACUAAGCGAUGGUUCGGGGGAACUGGAGCGCAUCAGUACACAUACCCCGCCGGCCCAUCCCCUGCCCUCCGCCAGCCGCAGCCCAGCCGCCCCUACGCCAUGACAGGGGCUGGCCCGGCCCCGCGCCUGGGGGAGAGCGGCGCAGGGAGCGAGGCUGGCGGUGGGGCCGCCGGCAGAGCUGCGUCCCCCCUUCCCCGCCGCGCUGGGCAGCGCUGGGCCCGCUCCGCGCCGCCGCUGUCCCGGGGCGCUCGCUGCCCGAGGCGGCACAACAUGGAGGCGGGCGGCCCGCGCCGCCUGACGGGCCUUGGGGCUCUCCGGGAGCCUCCCCUGGGCGCGGGGUUUGGCUGGAGCAGCGGCCGCACACGGGCAGCCGGAGGGCCGGGGCCGCCCCGGAGCACGGCCCCAGCGGCCCGGGAAGGGCAGCGCCUGCCCCCGCGGCCGCCUCCCGUCGCGGCGGGUGUGGCAAGGCCGCGGCCCCGCCCGCCGGCGGCCGCCAUGGCAACGCGGCCGGAGGCGCCAUGAGCCCUGCGACUCUGUACACACAGUCAAGUGAGAAGGACCAUUCAAAGUCAAAUGUCCAUGUUCAACUUGUCGGUGACGAAGUGGUAAAGGCUCCGACGUUCAGAAGUAUGUUUAGUAGCUUGAUCCAUUUGCCAGGCUACAGUCUGUGCUUGGAGGGCAAGGAUCCAGUGCCUCCAUUUAUUGACCGAAGAUGGAGAGGGAGGGCUCAGCGGCGCCUGGAGGCUCUUCAGCAGCUUGCUGCAGCUCAAUCUUCUCUUCAAAUACCUCAAGUUGUGUAUGAAGAUCCUGAAGUUAGUGGAAGGAAUCGCUAUAAAUAUUUUGCACGACCAAUCAUCCCUUCUAAUAAGCUGUUUCCACUAAAUGGUGCUUACACAAUGGCAAAUACAGAGCCCUAUGUCUAUCCAGCUACAGCAGACAGCAAGGUCUUUGGUCCCAAGUUACGAACUUUGGGCACACAGACAGACUACAGGGAUGGUGAAGCCCAGACGGAUCCCUAUUCCCCUGAAUAUGUAAUUCCCAGCGGCUCAGUCCCUGAACUUCUGACACUUGCUACACUUACUUGGGGUCGGGGGCUACCAGCAGGACUAGCCGAGGUGGAGAUGAUUGAACGUGCCCGGGAAAAACGUGCAUGGGAAGCAACUCUUCCAGCCAUGGACAAUGCCUCACAAAUCGUGAAGAGGAGGAAAAUGAUGGAUGAUAUGGAGAGGAAGGAGUGGGCCUUUAGAGAACAGGAAAUAGAAAAGUUGCAGGAGGUUCGGCUGGUGAUCUUAAAGAAGCUGCUGCAGAGGCGAGAGGAGAAUCAGACUGAGCUGGAUGCCAAGCGCUUGGAUGACCACUGGCAAAAUCAUCAGAAGGCUAAAGAAGAGAAAAUAAAAAAGAUUGAGCAUGACUAUGCACUGAUGCUCAGGAAGCUGAUAGCUAAGAGGAAGAAUGUGAUGGGGAAGCUGGAGAGACGAGAUAUCAUCAAAGAGUAUACUGACUUUGCAUCACAAACAUACACUCCUUUGUCUAGAAUUGGUUAUUUCCCAGAUAACCAUUCUGAGUGCUAUGUGGUAAAAAACUUCAAUCUUGACACCUUUGCAGGACUGUGUGAACUGGAAGCAUCUCUCCCAGAUUCUGUCACCCAGGUCAAGGUUAAAGCUCCAAAACCCAAGUACACUACUGCUAAGACAGGGUUUAUUAAAAGAUCAGCAAGGCUAGAGGUGGAGCUGGCACAAGUUCACCAGGCACUGCUGGAAAAGAAGAAUAAAGUCAAGGAGCCAAAGAAGUCCCUCUGUUUCCUUGAAAAAGUAGAAAAGCCAAUUCCUCGGCCACCCACUCCAGUCCUGGAAAAACCUUCAAUUAAGGAAGAGGAAACAGAACUGGCAGUGAUCUGUCUGCAGAAGUUUCUCCGAGGCAGAGCUAUUCAGAACACGAUGUUUGAAGGGAAGGAGAAGCGGCUAGAACUGAUCCGAGAGCUGCGCACCACUCACGCACUCCAGGAGGAUGGACAGCUGCUUUUGAAGGCAGAGGAGCAAAUGACACAGGCUCUACAGCAGCAGCGUGACUUGCAAAUGGACAAGCUGUUAUCAGUGGAAAAGCACUUGGCCAGGGAAGAAGGAAGGGUCCUGGCAAACAUAUUUGAUUUCCUGUCCAAAGAGCUGGUGAGGCUGCAAGAAGAACGGAAGAUUCAUGCCUUUGUCAUGCUGGCUGAGAGGCAGAGGCGGAUGCGGGAAGCAGAGGAGAGCGGGCGUCGUCAGGUGGAAGAGAGGCGGCGGCGCGAAGAAGAUGAGAUUUUCAAACAGGUGGUGAAAGUGCACCAGAGCACUAUUGACUCCUACUUGGAAGACAUUAUCCUGAGUAGCUUGGAGAACGCGGCUGAAGAACAAGCCAGGGAAGAGAUUCAGAGAAUGGCUGUAGAAAUCAAUGACAUUGCUUAUGAAAUGGAAAGUCGUCGAACUCACCUACAGUCAGAAGAGAUUGUAGCAGAGCUGGUAUAUGAUUUCCUGAUUCCAGAAGCUGAGAAAAUGUCUGUCAGAGAAAAAGUGAGGCAGUCCCAAAGAAAGCACAUCUGUGCUGCUCAUCAGCUCAUCCACAGAGGCACCGAGAGGGUAGUGGCUGAUCUGGCACUACGCGGGGAGACAUCUGCCAGCACGAUAAAGGGAGAUCCUCCUGCUGGGACAGCGAGCGCUGCUUUGAACGGGACAGCCGCUGGACCCAGCGCAGCUGACAGCACUGGCUCUGCCGCAGUUGUACCCGAACUGGCUGAACUUCGGUGUGAAGAAAGCCCAGGAGAGGCAGCAGUGAACCCUUGUGAUGGAUCAGACAAGGAUCCCACAGCCUUCUAGGGACAGAAGAUGAGCCAGGGCCCCCAAAAUGGAAAAUCCUCUGUCUCCCUUGUGCUGUCCCUCCCACUGCCUGCCAGCAAUGUUGUCCUGGAACCACUGUGGAUACAAUUCAGUGUGGCAGCCCCAGUCCCUUCACCCUUUCCCCAACUAGCUUUGGACCUCAUUAGCUAAUUCUCCUCUUCUAAUUAUAAAGAGAAGCUUGAAUGAGAAAGCAGUGUUAGCAUUCCUUGACUUUCUCCCUGGCGUGAACCAAUAAAGAUCUGCACCUGGGCGUUUGGUCUGUUUCCUUGGAUGAGUAACAUUAAAUGGAAAAAUAUUCCAGUGAGCAAUUUUGAGUUGAGACCAUACACAAUUUCUUUUCUCAAGUGUGUCCCACUGAUUUCCUUAGUGGAGUAAAGCAGAGUGGCUCCCUGCAUUAGCCCUGCUAUUAAUAAAGCAUUGAAGCUGAAUGAA